UUCAUCCCCGUUGUCUACCGUUGACCUUCUUUGCUUUUUCAGAUAUGUGUUGAACCCUUUUACCAGAACGGACUUUUUUAUGUACCGGUAUUAUACGUAUAUAUGUAUAAAAUGCCUAACAGCGUUUCAGUCGCGGCCAUGCUAAUGCAGCGAACCAUGCACAUGUUUUGUGACUCAAGGACUGUAUACACAGCACUUUUUAGUUCGACUUCAAAUUUGUUUGUUCGAGCAAAGGACGUACUGCUAUAGGGUUAUCGUUUGGUAGAGGUCAAAUUGCAAAACUGCUCGACAGUGUGUGAACAUGUAGUACGUGUACAUGGAUUUGUGUUGUGUAAAACCUCUCCAUGUACAAGUUCAUUCUACAACGUCAAACCACACGCAUAGAAUUUUAAGCUGAAUUAUUUCACGACUUUGACAGUGGUGAUUACACGGUGACUUUGCAGAUUGGGAGUUGUGUGUAAGUGGAACACACUGACCAGUCAAAAUGACACUAUCUAACUUUUUCUUAGACGUUCGCACUGUGCUGUUGGGCUUGUUCAUCCUGCUGGUUCUUCGCUGGUUCUUUAAGAAACCAAUUAGAAACCUCCCUCCCGGCCCCUGGCGGUUUCCAAUCCUCGGUUCCGCCCCAGCCAUCGUUUCGGCCGUUUGGCGAGGCCUGGAACCCCACGACCUCUUUGUGGCAUACGCCGCCAAGUACGGGCCCGUGUUUCGCCUGAAGGCCUUCACCAAGACUGUGAUAGUUCUCAGUGACUACCCCUCCAUCAAGGAAGCGUUCCAGCAUCCGGAGCUAAGUGACAGGCCCAACACGCUCAUCAGCGCAGUGACGAAGACAAACGGGGUCGUAUCGGCCUCGGGGGAACUGAUGAUUGAACUUCGCCGGUUCUGUCUCACGGUUCUCCGGAGCUUCGGGGUGGGCAAGACGAGCUUCGAGGAAAAGAUCGGCACAGAAGCUGAAGAACUGAUGAAGGAGAUGUCUUCGUUUGACGGGAAGCCCUUCAACCCGAAGCGUCUACUCAGCAACGCCGUCUCCAACGUCAUCUGUUCGGUUAUCUUUGGCAAGCGGUACGAGUACACAGAUCAGAAGUUCCAGAACCUUUUGGAUCUGAUAAGUCGCAACAUCAAGCUUCUUGGAGCAGGAGGUGUCUUUUUCUUCAUCCCCGGGCUUCGAUACUUGCCCUUUGGGAAAUUCAAGCAGAUGAUCUCCAAUAUCCAAGAGAGUGAGAAAUUUGUUGUUGACAUCAUCGAGGCCCAUCGCGCUGAAUUCGACCCGGAGAACCUCAAGGACUUCGUCGAUGUCUACCUGAAGGAAAGCCAACAGAAUCUAAACAAUGAACCUGGGGCUCCAACUAGCAAAAGCUCUAGUUCGGCUGCUCGUAGCCACCUCAAUGACAGCAACUUUGUGGGAACCAUAAGGAACCUCUUCAUAGCAGGUUCUGAGACCACGGCUACCACACUGCAGUGGUGUCUCCUUUACAUGAUGAUGUUCCCUGAGAUCCAGCAUCGAGUUCAAGCCGAGAUCGACGCCGUGGUCGGUCGCAACCGGCUGCCCAGGAUGGCCGACAAACGAGACCUCAACUUCACCCAAGCGGUGAUCUGGGAGGUCCAACGCCUAGCUUGCAUCGCACCCCUGGGCAUCCCACACACAGCUGCUUCAGACACCCACAUCCACGGUUUCACGAUUCCCAAAGGCGCCAUUCUCGUCCCAAACCUGUGGGCACUCUUUCGAGACCCCAGAGUCUACCCAGAGCCAGACCGGUUCAACCCUGAGAGAUUCCUAGACAGCGCGGGGAAGGCGGUCAAGCCAGACGAGUUGGUACCCUUCAGCGUGGGUCGACGUAGCUGCAUCGGGGAGCACCUGGCGAAAAUGGAACUCCUCAUCUUCUUCAGUUACUUCUUGCAUCAGUUUACCUUCAAGAAACCUGACAACUCACCCCCGUUGUCUCUGAAGGGAAAGGGCGGCAUAACUUACUCACCAGAGCCGUUUGAGCUCUGUGCAGUCAAGCGUGAGUAAAACAACACGCUGACCACGCAUGAGUUGCUCCCUGGAGCAUCCAUCUCAACUUCUUGGAGGCAACAUGACUUGCGUAUACGUUAUGCAAUAUGAUGGCUCAUCAGUCACCUCUCAUUAUGGUUGUCAUUAACUCGCGUAUGUAAAUAGAUCGACAAUAAAUAACGUGCACCAGCGAACGGUGGUACGGGUACAUAGGCAAAGUUAUUAUUGAAGCACCCUCGUGUAUGAGUUGAAUGAAUUAACCAAAAAAAAGAGAAUGUUUUUAAUUCAGUCUCCUCUACAUUUUGGGUCAAGCUUUAUAAUGGAUAGUACGUUAAUUCUGAGUAUUCUGAAUUUCUGAUGCAAGGUUUUGUAAUGCAAUUGUCAAUACGGACAUGGGUAACUAAUUUUGCUGUGGAAAUUAUGUCUUAUCAUUAAUUUAAGCCAAAUAGAAAU